AUGCCCAUGGUCUCCUUCCAGGUGGCCGUCUUUCGCUUUCGCCGGGCCAUCAACCAAUUCCGGUACUGGCGGAUUGUCAUCGCCUUGUGCCUCUUUGGGCUCAUCACCUACCCCUUCGCUCCCUCACUCUUCUCAUCCGAUAGCCCCGACUUUUCGCAGCUAGCCAAACCGACUCCACUUAGCAAGCCAGCGCCUCAGCAGCUGUGGUCCUAUAUCAGCGAAUAUGCGGCGGCGCAUGAGGAACUGCAUAAACGGGCGGACGAGGAGGUGGAGACGAUGGGGGGUCGUGCCAGUCUUGCUACGAACGGUGCUUGGGAGUGGAUAGCAGCAGAGCGGCACACCAGGGCGCCGAGCGCAGGGGGUCUGUCGGACCAGGGAGCCAAAGCGUCCUUUAGGACGAAUCUGCGGCCGGACAAGCAGUAUCACAUGGGAUUUUUAACUUCAGGAUGGAAUAAUCAAGUUAUGGACACCUGUAACUCCAUCUACGUGUCUGUGCUCGCACGUCGGAUCCCCAUCCUCCCCGCUUUCGAGCCCCAUCACGAGCACCUCGGUGGGCACGUUACCACCGUCGCUGUAGGAGAGAUUUUUGACCUCUCAUUCCUCUCGAGCGCACUCCGCAACCAGCCUAUCAUCGAAGCGCACGAGCUCAAGAUCGGCGAGAGACAAUCACCACGACUGCAGUCUGUCAAGCGGUCCAAGCCUGGGACAGGGCGGUUCAGGGAGGAGGAGGCGGAUCUGAUACAUGCGGAGCAAGACAUUGUGCCAGAGACGCUAGGAUGCUGGAGGUUCAAGAACGCAGGGACAUGGCCUUACCUUCCUUUCAAAUCUAUGACGGUAAAAUAUACUCCUGUCCCCCGCGAGAUCUCCUACAAGAACAGCCUAGAGCACCCAUCCAUCUACGGUGUCGCCGACCUGCUCCGAACAUAUCAUACCGGCAAAAUUCCCGAAGACUCCCUCGAUCAGCUCGGCGGCGUCCCCGCGGCCGUACCCCCAGACCAGCAGGUCUCAUGCCUGGAUUUUAGCUAUUUCUUGCAGACCAAGCCAAAGGGUGGCGGUUUGCACGAUGAGUGGCGCUCAGGCGAAGGGGUAUGGCACCAUGUCGGCCAGUACAUGCGAUUCCAGCCGGGACUGAUCAAGGUGGUGGAGGACUUUGUGCGGCAUACUCUGGGUGUGGCUUGGGAUCAGCCAGUACCUCUGUAUAUGGGCGUUCACAUCAGGCGAGGAGACUUCAACAACUGGUAUAAAGACAUCACUCAGCGGCAAUGGGCGCAUCGGAUCUCACAAGUGUUACAAGAUGCUAGGGAUACGAUGGGCGUGACUAUAGAGCACGUUCUCAUCACCACAGAUGAGGAUGAUGAGGCUUGGCUAGGCCCACUGCGCAACUAUGGGUUCAAGAUCAUCGAGCACAAGUCUAGCAAAACAGUCGAGCGGCUGGAUCAAUGGUUCCCAACUAUCAUCGACACUGUACUUCUCUCGUCUGGCAAAGCUUUCCUUGGCGUCGGAGCCAGCACGAUGAGCAUCCUCGCGAUGCGGAGAGUGAUCGACUGGCACUCUGGCAUAGGUCACAUGUUUUACGACCAUGACCACCGCGUACCAGAAGACUGGACGUGGCAUCUGAACGACUUUAUCACGGGGUAG